AGUCAGGAAAAUACGACUUCUGCACCCAAACAUUGAUCUAAACGUUACAUACAGAGUCGUGCAGCUAAGCGCUUAACAGAAAUAUAUUUCUUUUCGACAUACAAAACAGUAUUUGGGUGCAUAAGCAACCAUUCAUGACCUACAUAGUGCACUACUUAGGAAGUACGGCACCAAUUGGGAUUCAGGCAAAGCGUUAGCGCCGAGACUGUAGCAUGAAACAGUUUCUGGUAGUAAACAAACUCGGUCAAACUGUAUAAAUGUGAUAGCUUGUACUGAAAACGCAAAAGAGAUAAUAAAACCGAAUGUUCUUGAAGUUGAUAAGCUGGAAUACUGAUAUGACCUAUCGCGUGGCUUUAUUUGCGUGGUUUUGUUAGCCACAUGGAUGGACGUUUGGUCGACAGCCACUGCCACAUGUCAGCGGAUGAGUUUGCUCAGGACCUAAACGAUGUUAUUGAAAGAGCACAACAGGCCGGGGUUAAGGCUCUCAUAGCGGUUACAGAAGGAGCCAGUGAGUUUGGAAGAGUCAUUCAGUUGUCAAAGAUCUACCCGCGUCUUGUAUUUCCAUGUUUUGGAAUUCACCCUCUUCAGGGUUCGGAGCAGGCCCUGCACAGCGUGAGGACUCAGGACUUGGAGACGGUCCUUCCCCUGUUCCAGACAUAUGGAGACGAUAUAGUUGCUGUGGGUGAGAUUGGACUCGACUUUACUCCAUGGUACGCGCCCACUGUUCUGGAGCGUGACGAGCAGUUAAUGGUCUUUAAAAGGCAGCUGGAAAUAUCCAAAGAGCUGGAGUUGCCCGUGAAUGUGCAUUCCCGCUCCGCUGCCAAGGUCACCAUAGCUACGAUGAAGGAGCAAGGAAUUAGACAUGCACUAUUACAUAAUUUUGCCGGGAGGCCAUCCGUUGCUAUGGAGGGGCUUCAGGCUGGAUACUACUUCUCGUUUCCCCCUGCAGUCAGCAGGAACGAUCAGAGAACCAAACUCAUCAAACAGAUUCCUCUGGAACGCAUUUGUUUAGAGACAGACUCACCAGCCCUGGGGCCCGAAAAACAUGUGAGGAACGAGCCUAAAAAUAUUACCAUCUCUUGCGAGUACAUUGCCAAAGUGAAGGGAAUAGGUACAGAGAUUGUUGCUGAGGUCACUACACAAAAUGCUCUGUGCUUAUUUCCCAAAUUGAAGAUGUAGUAAUUUAGGGCCAUUGAAGUACAGUGUGAUUCAAAAAGGCUCAUCCAAUUUCAAAGUGGCAUGUUUUUACAACCGUGAGGUGCCGAGGAACCAAUCACAAUCCAAUUGUAAGAGGGGGUCAUAGAGUAUUUGACGGGCUCCCUUCAGUCUGAGAGGAGAUGAGACCCCUGAGCAGAAAGCGUUCUGCGUU